AUGUCGCUCCAAAGUUUAAAAAUGGCGACUCCUUUAGAACAGUUUGUAGUAAAUGUAAGAAACCUUUCUUCUCAAGGAAACUUUGAGCAGCUGUGUGAUUUCAUCAGUAAAAGUACAGAUGUACUGUUAAAAAAUGGUGCUCAUUUGGAUGAUGUAUUAGCCACUCUCGACCUACAAGAACAUUCUUUGGGAAUACUUGCUAUUUUAUGUGUGAAGCUUAACCUUCCAACCAUCCCCGAGUUUGAAGUUUUGUUUGCUCAGGUACAAGAGUUCUUGACUAGUUGCCAUGGUGAACAAGUGCGUUAUGCCCCCAAUACUUUUGCUGAUUUGUGCCACCUGUUUACUCAGAGUUUAGUUGAAAGACAACAACCCAUGAGAGGUAUUGAUUUACUAUGUCGUGCAAUCAGUAAAAUCCAGCUGUUUCCAUCUCAGUUGACAUCAAUACAUGCAGAUUUAUGCCAGCUUUGUCUGGUAGGCAGGUGUUUCAAACCAGCACUACAGUUUUUGGAUACAGAUGUUACUGAUAUUAGCAAGGAGGGUGGUUAUUAUGAUGCUAAAUAUUUCCUGCUGUAUUUUUACUAUGGAGGAAUGAUCUAUGCUGCUGUUAAGAAUUAUGAAAGAGCUCUAUAUUUUUUUGAAAUUGCUGUCACAACACCAAGCAUGGCUGUCAGUCACAUCAUGUUGGAAGCAUACAAAAAGUACAUUCUAGUUGCUCUGAUUCUUCAGGGAAAGGUUGCAAAUUUACCUAAGUAUGCAUCUCAAGUUGUAGGAAGAUUUAUUAAGCCACUGAGUCAAGCUUAUCAUGACCUCGCAACUGCAUAUACUACAAACAAUCCAGAUGAAGUUAGGACUGUGAUCAACAAGCAUACUGACACAUUUACAAGGGACAGUAACAUGGGCAUGGUUAAGCAGUGUUUAUCUUCCCUUUAUAAAAAGAAUAUUCAACGUCUUACAAAGACUUUUCUGACUCUUUCCUUAACAGACAUGGCUAAUAGAGUGCAACUAUCAGGACCUAAAGAAGCAGAGAAAUACAUUUUACACAUGAUUGAAGAUGGAGAAAUCUUUGCUUCAAUUAAUCAGAAGGAUGGGAUGGUUGUGUUUCUGGACAGCCCUGAAAAGUACAACAGUCCAAGUAUGUUCAAACGAUUGGAAGAAGAGAUGAAGAAGUGCAUUCAACUCGAUGAAAAGCUAAAACAGAUGGAUCAAGAUAUUGCUGUCAACCGUAAAUAUGUGCAAAAGAGUUCUGGAGUUCAAGAAGACGACUUACCUGGCACCUCCACUCCCGUGGGUAGCAGUAAAGUUCCAACAUAUUCCAUGUAAUCAGAAACCACUUUCAUGCAUUUCGGCAGGUUGAAGUUAACACAGAGCUGUUAGUUGUGACAUGUAUCUCGUUUAAAAUGUGCUUUGAAAGUGUAGAAUAUGCAUAAGCAUAUCUGUCGGGAAAAUGUAGUAUUUUAUGCAUAAACAUGCACUUUAAAGUAACACAUUUGUUUUUUAGUUUUCUCUUAAGAAAACAGGAUUGCAAGAAGAAAAAUAAAAUAAUUAAUCUAACUUAUAAAAUGCCAAUGUACAUUUGAUUCAUUUUGUAUUUUCAAGAUUUCUUCUAUCUCUUGAAAUUUAUAAAAUAUAUAUCCAGCAACCUGUUUUUUGGAUGCUUUUUUGUUUGUACUGUUGUUGAUAUGCCAUGCUAUACAACUAGUGUCAUGUGAUGCAAUGAUGAAUAAUAGUAGAUCUCAAGUAAGCUUCCCUAACCUAAAUUUAUCUCAGACAUCUUUUAUGAUAAAUCUGUAAAAAAAAAAAUGAAAAAUAAAUAAACAUUCUGUAAAAAUUCAA